ACAUCCCUAAAGUUAAAUGUCAAAACACAAAAUAAAACUGUAAAAACUCUUAACAACUCCGUAUUUUUCUUUGUCCCAAUUAAAAAAUAAUUAAAAACUAAAACUGUUUUAUUGUUUUGUAAUUUUUCUUAAGUGUUUUGCAUCCAGUUGACAGAAUUUUGUUUCCAAAUAAAACAUUCCGAAAUAACCCUCCAUCAUGAUUGAGUCACCAAUCGUACUGAUUGCAUCCGAAGGAAAGGUUUCUCCAUUGGAAAUAAUAAACAAAAUUCGUAAAAUUGAUGAAAAAGAGGAUCAUGUUUCCAUUGACGUCGGAACACCACUCAAUUUCAAAGCAUACAAAUAUCAUUUGACUACAAAAUAUUACAAAACAAACUUAUUGCUGCUUCCACUCGAAACCGAACUUGACCAAGUGCCUGCGGAAAUCAUUGAAAGUGUAGAAGCCUUUUUAAUCUACUUCGACUCGGGAAAUCGGGGAUUCUCUAAGAGAAUUGGUUUCUAUGCUGAUUUCGUUAAAGCCCACCAAAUCGAAUUGGGUAUCCUGCUCUGUGAUCGACUUUAUGAUGAUUCAAAUGAAGGUAUAACCUACAAAGAAGCCAAACAAGGAUCCAACCUGCUGUUUGAUGUGAUAGAGCUGGAAAGAUCUAGAGAAGAAGACGAAGAGGAUGACCCCAAUGAUCCGUUGGGCUACGAUGAAGUGCAACAAGCGUUAAGGAGUUUUGUUUGGUCUAAUAUCGAUGUUAGUUCGGGUGCAAACAAAAACUUCUUGAAAACAAUUGGCCUUGCAUCGCCCACAACCGCCGAGACAAGUUCAGAUGAGAAUUCAGUCGAAGCCCAAUUGGAAAUAUUUGAGAAUCUUCUAUCACAAGUUCAAUCUUUUCGAACAGAAACUGCAACAUGGUCCAGAGACCAAGUGCUUGACCACGCUGAAAAGCUGGCUGAGGAAUUUGUUCGAAUGAUGAAUGAAGAAGGAGUCGGUGAUGAAGAUGACGAUGAUGAUAAAGAAGCCAACGAAAAUGAUGUCAAAUAUAUUGACGUUAAUGGCAGCAGUAAAUAGUCUUAAUCUCAAUGCUUUAAGAAAAAACAAACUGUUAAACUGUUAGAAUAAAUAAUAACCAUAAAAUAUAUUUGUUUAGUGAAUUAAAAAUAAAAGAACUGUAAAUUAUUCUAAAAUAAUAAAAAAAAACAG